AUGCACCAACUAUCAGCCUCCAUGGCCAUUAAUGGAGGCGGCGAUGAGACACUGGCCAAUGUGUUCGCUCCCCUCUCCAUAAAGUCGGUCGGAUCGAGGCCUCAGAGCAAAGAACCGUCAACCAUGAUGUCCGUUGUACGAGUCAACGAACAUAAGCSGGAGUCCCCCCGCCGAUCACACUCGCAUAGUAUUCAGCCUUUGGAUCCCUUUGAAUCGUCUUCUCCAGCCAUGGACUCAGAUCUGGGUCGUAUUUUCUCCUUGUCUCCGCUGCCGACGAUUGUGCUCAAUGCAAAUUUGCGAGUGGCACAAGUCUCGGAGAGUCAUUUGGUCUUUAGCGGGUAUGCUCGUGCUGAAGUUAUAGGUCACAAUAUCUAUGACCUCCCAGCACAUAAGGUUCCGGCGACCGACACUACCAGUCUUCAUCGGGUAAUCACACACGCGAUCAAGACAGGCGAACUGCAGAUUAUAGAUGACAUUGCAAUUGACAACGGUGUCGGCUAUACGGUAUACAGCGUCCACAUUACACCUAUCCAGGAUCAAGGUAAAUUACUCUAUGUAGUCUUGUCGGUUCAUGAUGUGACCAAGGAAUCGUCGGCCCGAAAAGUCAACAGAGAGCUGGCGUACAUGAAUGAAACAUACAAGGUUCUUGUCGAUACUGUGAAAGAUUAUGCGAUUUUCAUGCUCGACACAACUGGCUGUGUGGCCACCUGGAAUUCCGGUGCAGCCAUGAUCAAAGGUUACAGCUCAGACGAUAUUAUCGGUCGCCACUUUUCGGCUUUUUAUGGUGAAGACGAUCGAAUAGUCGAUAAACCAGGCAAGGAAUUAGAGGUGUGUUUGAAAGAAGGCAAAGUAGAAGACGAAGGAUGGCGGUAUCGCAAAGACGGCACGCGCUUCUGGGCCAAUGUCAUGAUUACCCCAAUAUACACAGCUGGUCGUCAUGUCGGUUUUGUCAAGGUUACGAGAGAUUUGACAGAACGGAAAGCAGCCGAGAGCCGACUGAUUGCUGCUUUUGAGGAGUCCUCCAAACUCAAAUCCGACUUUUUGGCGAAUAUGAGCCACGAGAUUAGGACGCCGAUGCACGGUAUGCUGAUGUCCAUACAGAUGCUCGCUGGAACCAACCUGGAUGAUAAACAGAAGGAGUAUAUCAACAUCAUUGAAGACACUGGUUCUGUUUUGUUGCAGAUUAUCAAUGAUGUACUGGACUAUUCUAAACUAUCGUCUGGCACCUUUACAAUAACCCCUGGUGUUGUAGAUGUGAAAGAGGUUGUGGGUGCCGUUUGUCGAAAUUGUCAAUCAUCUUUGAAGCCGGGAGUGGACUUGCGUGUCAGUUAUUCGGAUCAAUUGCCCAAACAUCUAAAAGGAGACCCUCUCCGAUACCGACAAAUCAUACAGAACCUUGUCGGCAACGCUGUCAAGUUUACAGAUGAGGGUAGUGUUGACGUUGCCGUCAAGGUCACUGAAGACCCGCAAGACAGUUCAAUAUAUGAAGUAACCACCAUGGUUGUCGACACUGGUAUCGGCGUUCCCGAGGACGCUGCGAGCUCGCUUUUCACCCCAUUCACUCGGUUUGCAGACAGCAGUCGAAAGAGAUAUCAAGGUACAGGGUUAGGUCUAUCUAUUUGCAAAAGCUUGGCUGAGCUUAUGGACGGAUCGGUCGGGUUUGCGCCCAAUCCUGAUGGUCAUGGAAGCGUGUUUUGGCUAUCAGUCAGAAUGGGCACGGUCGACAAUACACGUCCCCGCCGACGUCUAAGCGAGGCUCGAGGCCCAGAUCUGAACGCAAAAAUCCAACAACUGGCACCUCGAAAACAGCUUUUGCUUGUUGAAGACAAUAUGAUGAACCAAACUAUUAUGCUCAAGUUGCUGAACAUGAUCGGCUUCGAGAAAGUCGACACAGCCUGGAACGGCGCCGAGGCCGUCCGCAAAGUCAAGCAGAAACCUCUUUCCUACAACGCGAUCCUAAUGGAUAUCAACAUGCCAGUCAUGGACGGCGUAGAUGCCACCAAAGCCAUUCGCGCGAUGAGUCGAGAUGUACCCAUCAUCGCGAUGACGGGAAAUGCGCUGAAGGGUGACUCUGAUUUGUAUCUCGCCAGUGGUAUGAAUGACUAUAUUGCGAAACCGGUUCAUCGUCAACAUCUGGUUUCGGUACUACUGAAAUGGAUCGGACCGUAG